AUGCCUGACUUCAAGCUCUCUGCCUCGCUCGAGGGUCACGGCGAUGAUGUCCGUGCUGUGGCCUUCCCAAAUUCCAACGUAAUCAUCUCAGCGUCCCGUGAUGCGACAGUACGACUAUGGAAGUUGGUCUCAUCGCCGCCCCCUACCUACGAUUACACGAUAGCCGCCCAUGGUCAGGCCUUCAUCAAUAGCUUAGCUUACCUACCUCCGACGGCCGAAUACCCCGAAGGACUGGUGCUCUCAGGUGGACAAGAUACAAUCAUUGAAGCCCGCCAGCCAAGCAAGUCCUCCGCCGACAAUGCCGAUGCUAUGCUACUAGGGCAUGGUCAUAACAUUUGCGCCCUGGAUGUGUCCCCCGGCAGCGAAUAUAUCGUCAGUGGCAGUUGGGACUCGACGGCUCGAUUGUGGAGAGUUGGCAAGUGGGAGCCCGAAGUUGUCUUUGAAGGCCAUCAGGGGAGCGUCUGGGCGGUUCUAGCUUACGACAGGAAUACUGUCAUUACUGGAUGUGCUGACCAGAUGAUCCGCAUCUUCGACACAUCCGGUAAACUUCUCGGAAGUAUCAAAAACUCGAACGACGUUGUACGCGCCCUGUGCAAGCUCCCUGAAUCCCAUCCGAGCGGUGCACACUUCGCCUCGGCCAGCAAUGAUGGAGUGAUCCGACUCUACACCUUGAAGGGUGAUCUUGUAGCCUCUUUACACGGGCAUGAGAGCUUUGUCUACUCUCUUGCAGUGUUACCGUCCGGAGAGCUUGUGAGCUCAGGCGAGGACCGCACAGUGAGAAUUUGGCAAGGCACUCAAUGUGUGCAAACUAUCACCCAUCCAGCUAUAUCUGUAUGGAGUGUUGCCGCAUGUCGGGAAACUGGAGACAUUGUUAGCGGUGCCAGCGAUCGUGUCACACGUGUCUUCACUCGGAGCCCACACCGUCAGGCCGCCCCCGAGGCAAUUCAACAGUUUGAACAAGCUGUCAAGGAAUCGGCAAUUCCAGCCGAGCAGGUCGGCAAAAUCAACAAGGAGCAACUGCCGGGUCCCGAAUUCUUGAAGGAGAAAUCAGGCACAAAAGAAGGGCAAGUCCAGAUGAUUCGUGAAUUAGAUGGGAGUGUUACCGCGCAUACCUGGUCAUCUGCAACGCAUGAGUGGAUUGCUGUUGGGACUGUGGUAGAUUCGGCAGGAAGCAGUGGUCGAAAGACCGAGUAUCUCGGGCAAGACUACGAUUACGUCUUUGACGUAGACAUUGAGGACGGAAAACCCCCGCUCAAGCUCCCAUACAAUGUCUCCCAAAAUCCAUACGAAGCGGCGACGAAAUUCAUCGGAGACAACGAACUUCCCAUGUCUUAUCUCGAUCAAGUGGCCAACUUCAUUACACAGAACACCCAAGGCGCCACGCUUGGUCAGUCAGAGCAAAGUGGCGCCGACGCCUGGGGAUCGGAGAGGAGAUACAGACCCGGUGACGCGGCUUCGACAAAUGAAGCCGCCAUUCCGACACCGGAACCGCGUCCACGCGUUCUUCCCCAGAAGACGUACCUCUCUAUCCGAUCUGCAAAUACCAAGAUCAUAGCAAAAAAGCUUCAAGAGUUGAACGAGAAGAUUCUUGCAGAGGGAGACAAGUCAAUCGCCUUGAACUCUACCGAAGUGGAGGCUGUAGUGGCUGUCUGCGCUCAACUUGAAAACACCCAGAAAAUUACAGAUUCAUCCAUUGUGGAAUUCGGCCUUCCGCUCAUAUUCAAUAUUGCAACGAAAUGGCCGGUUGCCAACCGCCUGCCUGGGUUGGAUCUGCUUCCUCUUCUUGCCUCCGCAACACCAAUGACAGCAACUGUGGACUAUGAUGGCGCGGAUCUCGUGACCGGAGUUUUGUCAAGCGGAGUGUUUGACGCCUCUCUGAAUGUGAAUAAUGCCAUGCUGGCUGUCCGUACCUUUGCCAAUCUUUUCGAAACCGAAGCAGGCCGCAAACUGGCCAUUCAGAACUUUGAUCAGCUGCUUGCGGGCGUUAAAUCAGCACUGGCCAAUGUUGGAUCCACACCGAAUCGCAACCUGACUAUUGCUGUCGCGACUCUCUAUAUCAACUUCGCCGUCUAUCUCACAUCGGAAGGCCGCGCGCAGUCUCCUGAGGCUGCGGAGCAAGGGCUGGGACUACUUGAUGCCUUGACCAAGAUUUUAUCGAGUGAGAAGGACUCGGAGGCAGUCUACAGAGGGCUUGUCGCGCUCGGAACUCUGGUUCAGGCCAUGGGAGCUGAUAUUAAGGGCGCUGCGAAGGAGAUCUACGAAGUCGAGAGCUUGAUGACGCGCAUCUCAUCUUCGGCGUUGGGGAAGGAACCACGUAUCUCGGGUGUUAUUGGCGAAAUCAAGGCUGCAUUCUGA